AUGUCUGGAAUCAACGUAACGGACUUUGUUUGUCCGUCAUGCACGAAUUGGUCAACACCUUAUCUGAAAAAAUUUGUUAAUCAUUUAAAAAAUACUCAUUGCACCAAUAAAAAUAUUACUAUUAUGUGUAAUCUAUGCAAUUCUGUAUCUUCGAACGCAAGAGCGUUUUCGCAACAUGUUAGUAAAUAUCAUAGAACGCAGGAUAAAGCCGUAAAAGAAGAUGAUGAACUUCAGAUAUUAGAAGAAAGCAUCGGACAAGCGCAACCUGUGGUAAUUAAUACAAAUAUGAACGGUGAUGACUAUAUGGUCACUGAAGAAGAAACAUCUGAGGAACAACUACCAACAACAUUAACUGAAAUGAACUCAUUUAUUAAACGAAUUUUACAUUUUCUACUGACACUUCAAUCUUGUUUUUAUAUAUCUGAGGCUGCUGUUAGAUAUGUGGCAACAAAUUUAGCUGAUCUACUAGAAUGGUUGUUAGUUCACCCAGAUCGAUCCCAAGCUGCUGAACAACAUUUUGGUUAUGGUCGUCUAAAAAGCGAUACAGCUGAGGUCUUAUUGAGCAACGACGAAUAUCACACUGUGAAAUGGAGUUAUAUUCCAUUUCUGGAUAACUUGAGACAUUUCUUACAACUGUCUGAGGUUCAGGUCGAUUUAAGUGCUGAUGAUUUUCUUGAUGGUAUUAAACAAUUAUCGGCUGCUGGUAUACGCGUAAAUGUCAAUGGCGUGGAAAAAAUUUAUCAUGGAGCAUUGUUUAUAACUUUGGGUGAUUAUCCGGCGCAGCAAGCCAUCCAUGGACGUAAAGAGUCCGUGGCAGCAAAAAGAUUUUGCCCAUGUUGUGAUAUUACCUCGGAUAAUUUUGCCGUCUUCAUCGAUCAGGAUUACAAUGCCGAUGGUACAUUGUCAACGAACAUCUUCAAGCAUAAUAUAAUGCUGCAGUACGUAACAACAAUUCCUGAUGGAUUGAUCCUGGAUAUUGAACAACUGCUACUACCGUCACCACCCACAAGUAUAGCACAAAUUGCCAAAAUCGACUCAAUAAGUUAUACUGUGGGGGCGAUAUUAUGUGUAUCCAGCGUCUAUUUAUCAUUUAAACCGCAAUUUGUUCAAAUAAAAAAUAUUUUACUUAUUGGUCAUCAACCGAUUUUUAUGGUACAAUAUGUUAAAGUUAUUAAAUAUGAUCCACAUGUGAAAGCAUUUGAAGUUAAAAUGAAACAGGAACUCGGAACUGUAUCUAAACAAGAUCUAAAAUCAUGUUUAAAAACACGUGCAGCCAGUGUCCGGAUACGGAUCAUUGUAUUAGUUACAUUAAUGACGAUAGCAGUAACAAUCAGUGUCUAUUUAUCUUCCACGUCAGCAACAAUGUUUAAUACCUCUCCUCUUCCUUUUAUAAAAUCAUCUCCGUCAACACCACAAACUCUCUUCAAUCCAACUGUAGCACCAUCGACGGAACCAGUCAGUCCAUCAUAUCCGUCCAGGUUAUUAGAAAGUGAUCAACAUUCAUCUUCUAUUGCUUGCCCACUAUCGACAGUGGCCAGCGAUAAAACACCGUUAAGACCACGCAAAAAUAGAAUUAAAGCAAAAAUCCAGGAAUCUAAUGUUCAUGUACCCUCGACAUGUCAAUUACCAGUCUAUACGGAGACUGUUGAACAAGCUUUGUUAGGAGGUAUACAGAUGAAACGUAAACAAGGAUUACUGACAAAACGAAAGAAAAAACAAAGAAAAGCAAGUGUGGUUAUUGAUAUCAAAGAAUUAAAGAAAAUUGAGAGUUACGAAACAGAUACUGACGAGAAGAAAGAAAUGGACGAAGAAAACAACAUUAUUCCAUUACAUUAUGGUAAUGAGGUUACUGUCGUUACAACGAGAGAAUCACCAACAUCGUCAAAAGUUUUAGCUGUAGAUACCGAUGAACAUGUCGAAUUAUUUAAAACAGAUAUGGAAGAAUCACCGAUGAGCGAUGAAAAACAGUAUGAAGUCUCUGUAUCAGCAACCUCGUUAUUGUUAACAACAGAAGAAAGACAAAGAGAUUAUAAUUCAAUUCAGGAAGAUUCAAAAGAACAGUUUUAUAAAAAUAUCACAGACAAAGUUAAAAGCAUGGCUGCUCGUGCGGCCGUUUUGACGGACGACGAUACUGCUAUUGUUGGUGAUAAUGACAGUUCUUCAUGUCAUUCAAUUGGUGGAAGUCAAAUACCUGUUCAGCAGCCAAAAGUACAACAAUCACAGUCAGCGCUAUUUAUUUGUAAACAAAACAAUAAAGUCUUUCGGCUUCCUAUAAUGCUUUCAUAUUCACGUGCGUUACAAUCGCAGCAAACACAACUGACUCCAGCAUCGUCAUUUACGCCACGUUGCUCCAUUGCAUCAAAAAGUAUACAUUCACAACCAUCGUUAAACACCUGUACAACACCAAAAGACAACUCAUCAGCUGCGUCGUCAAAUGAUUCAACCAUUGAUCAAACAUAUAGUUCACUUAAAAGCGAACUAUGUACAAGAGUAUCACGAAUUAGUAAGAAGAAGAAAGCAAAUGUUGAACCAAGUGUGAUGAUGCAUAUCAAACAAUUACAAGAAACUACAUUUUUGAUGAGAAGAAAACAAAUGUCCAAGCAUUUACUUUUACCAAUCAAUGACAAAGCACAACUUUAUCCAGAGUUAUUGAAUGAACAAAUGCUUUUAAGCGAAUGGAAUUUAUUAUUAAGAACAAACAAAACAAAAGAAAAGAAACCGAAAAUUUCAACAAUAAUUGAUAAACAAUUCAAUCCAAAUACUUUAAGAUUUGGUGUGUUUUGGUCGGGAGCAAUAUGGGAUAAAGGAACCAUUAAUUUAUCAUCAACAGUCAAAUUCAACAUCAUGUCAACGGCCAGUGGCCUUCAGGGGCCGUUAUUUUUAUUUUUAAUCACAUUUCCAGUUUAUGAUAUUGACUUUCCUGCCGAUAUAAAACUAGCUGUUGAUCAAUUAAUUGAACAAGUACUAGAUAUAAGUCAAUAUUAA